AAUCACAGUUGUUUUUAAUCACAGUUGAAUACGUUCUUAAAAUGUUAAAGUCAAAAAAAGGAAGCCUAUAAGUUUAUUUUUAAUUCUAAAAAAAACUAUAGGUUAUAUAUUCCAAAUUUAAUAACAACAAUAUUCCAAAAAGAAUAAGAUAAUUUAAUAGUCACGGCUUGUAUACUAAUCGAUAACAGCGAAUAAUGAUCGAAAAACAGUCUGGCAACAUCCAAAAUUUGUUUAUUUUUUGGUUUCUACCGCGCUUGGUCGAAAUUGUUUAAAUUUUAUUUGUUACGGCCUCUUAAUGGAUCAAAAUGUCAAGAAUAUCGAUCUCAAACUGGACAAUAUUGAGGUUCUGACCACCGGCACGGCGGCGGAGUUUGUUAAUGGCAUCCUGGACUUCCUGCUCUAUCAACGCCGCCAAAUACCUUUCGUGUACAAAACGUACAAAUAUUAUGUGGAUAAAUGGUCUGAUGCGGAGGAAUCUAAGGAAACCAAGGAAAGGGAGUCCUUUGCUAACUACCAACUUAACCAGCAGCGCUCCAAGGCAAAGGCCACCAAACAGUCCAUUAGUGACAUGCGAGAGCUCAUAAGACAAGCCUUCAGAACAUCGGAAGUGAAGAGCCUGCGAUUUCUAUUUGGCAAUACCACCUUUAUGCCCACGGAGGCUUAUACCUUGCACAUACCACAUGACUCCAUAUCCAGGGAUCACUUUUACGAGCAUCAUGCUCUACCCGAAGGUCGUAUAAACCAGGCGCUACUCCGUCUGCUAACCUGCGAGGAGUUAUACACCUUGUUCUCCACGGAACUGAAUGCCACCAAUGUGUUUCUGGAAAUGGAACUCCUUGCGGACGUGGAGAAUGCAAAAGGUUUCCAUAGUGACUCAGUUAAUUUGAUUCCCAAGGACGUCGUGAGCCAACUGCCGCGUAGUUGCAAGAACAUACACCUGAACCUCCUGCAUUGCACAGACAAUAUAACGACUGAACUACGGUGCUGCAAGGAUUUGGCCAUUUACCAGGAUCUUGGCUUGCUGAAAUUGGACAAGUCUGAAGAAGACGAUAGCAGGACUAGCGACUCUUUGGAGGCAACCAAGGAAUCCAGUGGCUGGUGGCAAGCCGAGGUCAUAGUUCGCGGAUUCAGGGCUCCUGCCAACCAAAAGUCAGGAUCUUUGUGGUCUAGCUAACAUUUUUGUACUUUAAAAUAAAACCAUACGGCUAUUAAAUACUUUUGUGCAAGUGCCAAGAAUAAAAUUUCAAUAAUUAUCUAUA